GCAGCGGUGGCCAGAGCAGUCAGGGAGGUGAUGGCGGCGGCUGUGGCUACUGCGGCAGUGGCGGCCCCGGCGCCGGCGCCCCGCGCGGAAGGCGCCUCCUCAGUGCACUGGUUCCGCAAGGGGCUGCGGCUCCAUGAUAACCCGGCGUUGCAGGCGGCCGUGCGCGGGGCGCACUGUAUGCGCUGCGUUUACAUCCUCGACCCUUGGUUCGCGGCCUCCUCCUCAGUCGGGAUCAAUCGAUGGAGGUUCCUACUUCAGUCUCUGGAAGAUUUGGACACAAGUUUAAGGAAACUGAACUCCCGCCUGUUUGUAGUCCGGGGACAGCCAGCUGACGUGUUCCCAAGGCUGUUCAAGGAAUGGGGGGUGACCCGCUUGACCUUUGAAUAUGACUCUGAACCCUUUGGGAAAGAACGGGACGCAGCCAUCAUGAAGAUGGCCAAGGAGGCUGGUGUGGAGGUGGUGACUGAGAACUCUCAUACUCUCUAUGACCUGGACAAGAUUAUUGAGCUGAAUGGGCAGAAGCCGCCCCUUACCUACAAGCGCUUUCAAGCCAUCAUCAGCCGCAUGGAGCUGCCCAAGAAGCCCGUGGGCUCUGUGACCAGCCAGCAGAUGGAGGGCUGCAGGGCCGAGAUCCAGGAGAACCACGAUGAGACCUAUGGCGUGCCCUCCCUGGAGGAGCUGGGAUUCCCCACUGAAGGACUCGGCCCAGCUGUUUGGCAAGGAGGAGAGACGGAAGCCCUGGCCCGCCUGGAUAAGCACCUGGAACGGAAGGCCUGGGUUGCCAACUAUGAGAGACCCCGCAUGAAUGCCAACUCCCUGCUGGCCAGCCCCACGGGCCUCAGCCCCUACCUGCGCUUCGGCUGCCUCUCCUGCCGCCUCUUCUACUACCGCCUGUGGGACCUGUACAAAAAGGUGAAGCGGAGCAGCACACCCCCGCUCUCCCUGUUUGGGCAACUCCUGUGGCGAGAGUUCUUUUACACGGCGGCCACCAACAACCCCAGGUUUGACCGCAUGGAGGGGAACCCCAUCUGCAUCCAGAUCCCCUGGGAUCGCAACCCCGAGGCCCUGGCCAAGUGGGCCGAGGGCAAGACGGGCUUCCCUUGGAUUGACGCCAUCAUGACCCAACUGAGGCAGGAGGGCUGGAUCCACCAUCUGGCCCGGCACGCUGUGGCCUGCUUCCUCACGCGCGGGGACCUCUGGGUCAGCUGGGAGAGCGGGGUCCGGGUAUUUGACGAGCUGCUCCUGGACGCAGACUUCAGCGUGAACGCAGGCAGCUGGAUGUGGCUGUCCUGCAGUGCUUUCUUCCAGCAGUUCUUCCACUGCUACUGCCCGGUGGGCUUUGGCCGCCGCACGGACCCCAGUGGAGACUACAUCAGGCGAUACCUGCCCAAAUUGAAAGAAUUCCCCUCUCGAUACAUCUAUGAGCCCUGGAAUGCCCCAGAGUCAAUUCAGAAGGCAGCCAAGUGCAUCAUUGGUGUGGACUACCCACGGCCCAUCGUCAACCAUGCCGAGACCAGCCGGCUCAACAUUGAGCGGAUGAAGCAGAUUUACCAGCAGCUCUCCCGCUACCGGGGACUCUGUCUGCUGGCGUCUGUCCCUUCCUGUAUGGAAGACCUCAGCAAUCCAGUGGCAGAGCCCAGCUCGAGCCAGGCUGGGAGCAUGAGCAGUGCAGGCCCAAGACCACUACCCAGUGGCCCGGCGUCCCCCAAACGCAAGCUGGGAGCAGCGGAGGAGCCACCUGGUGAAGAGCUCAGCAAACGGGCCAGGGUGGCAGGGUUGCCCCCCUCAGAGCUGCCGAGCAAGGAUGUCUGAGACUGCAGUGCCGUGACUCUGUGAGCAAAGCCUGGGUGCCCGAGCAGCCACCGUGGCAGCAGAGUGCAACCUGCAGAACAGCUGAUCACCUCCCGAGAUGGAGCAAGCGUGUGCGUGUGUGUGUGUGCGUGUGCCGAGGAAGGAGUGGCCCGCCUAUUUGCGUGUGCAUGCGUCUGUUUACACUCUUGUGGUUCCAAACGCUGCCUGGGCUGGAGGAGUACCUGUAGCAGCUUACCUCAGCCUCUGGACACCAGGCUAGAGGUCAUGGCAGUGACUUUCACCCCAGACCUGUCCCUGUGAGCCAGCUGCCUUGUCUGAAUAGAAGAGUGGUGGGACCUUAGCUGGGAUCCUGGCAUCUGCCCCCCAACCCUCCCUCCCUCCCUCCCUCCCUCCCUCCUUCCUCACGUCAGACUGCCGAGCAGGGGCGAAGCAUUUCUGGCUCUUGUCCAGAGUGUGGGAUUCUAGAGGCAGCUAGGGUUCUGCUGAGUUCCUGGGCAGGCUGGAGGGGACGGGUGUGUCCAGACAUAGUCACCUGGCCUGGCUUCUUAUUUUAAAAUUCCCUGCCACUGGGUUCUCCGGACUCUUCCUUGGGGAGCUGGGACUGAGCACGAGGCUGUAGACAGAUCUGGAAACUUUGCAUCAUCGUGCAGAAGUACAGCCAGGCGCCUGACUGGAGCGCUGCGUGCACAGUGUCAUAGAUGUUAGCUGAGAAGAACAUCUCCCUCUUCGGGGCUCAAAACCUGAGGUUAGAAGUAGAAGGCCGGCUCUCACUACUGUUCCCCAGAAGCUGACUGGAGACUCAAGUGCCUCCACCGGGAGGAGGCCAGGUUCCUGGUGGUAGAAAGCCCCCUGGCUCCUCUCGCCACACUCCAUGGCAUCUCGGUGCUGCCACCGAGCUCAGCUGGCACCAGCCAGGGAAGCCAUUCUAGUCUGCGCUCUGAAGGCUUCCUCAGCCUGCCCGGGGCUGGUCAGCAACCAAGCUGCCACGUCAGCUCUCCCAGUAGCUGGACAUCAAAGACCCAGGCAGGUGGACUGCCGGGGACAGUUGGGAAAGACCCAAGCCGCAAUCCCACCCAGCGCACCAAGCCUUCCGGAAGCAGCAGGUGGGAGGUGUGACCCAGAGAAGCCAAGGCCUUGCAUUCUAGGGGCAGCCUGUACCUCCCACCUCAGCCUCCCACUGUCGGGGCUGUGCUGAGAAAGACACCAUGAAAAGGAGGGCUGUGCGGUCAGCUGGAGCAAGUCUUCCUUCCACCCAUGGCCUGCACUUGAGCCACAGCAUGUGUGUGUGUGUGUAGCUGAGAGGCCAGUUCCUCUUGGGAUUGUUGUCCUCACACGUAACAUUAAGCUGGCCUCUGGGCCUUCUCCUCUCUACCUCCCCUGUGACCUUCCCCGGCCUCAGAGCUGUUCAUUCCCUUGGCCCCAGCCCUGCCCUUCACUGUCCUCUGUCCUGGGACCAGAACCCUGGGUCAGGCCCCUGCCUCCUACAUCUGUCCAGCACAUCGACAGGCUUCUUCCUGAGACGUCCUCAGCCUUUCUCAGCCAGAGAGCUGCCUUUAGAGUCCAACUGUUGUAUGUAUGUCACCCUCACUAGAAAUGUCCCAUAAUCAUGUGGGGAGAACAGGGCACCGGUGAUGGCUUUUUCUGCAGCAUUGGGUUGGGGGCUUCACUGUUCCCUUAGCCCCAGCCAAGAGGAAAGAGAAUCGGGGGCUAUUGCCAGAAGGAGAGUAGAGCAAGCCUGGAAGGGCUAGUCUGAGAAACUGAGAAGGCCAGAGGGCUUAGGGCCAGAGUCAGUAUUUAUUUAGCAGCACCUUCGAAUGUCAGGAUGAUUCCCUUUACCUGCCCAUUUAAGGAUGGUUCUCUUCCCUAAGGUACAAGUUGGGAGGACCACCUUCCCAUACGUCUCCACCAUCCCUGGCAUGCGUCCACUCCGGAGCUGGGAGGGGCAGGGUGAGGAGAGGGUGUAUCCAGUGGCCUGGAGCUCCACAAUCGCUUCGUGCCUCCCCUCUCCUGGCCCAGGUAUCCCUGGGGGCUCCUGCAGAGCAUUGCCCCAAAUCCUGAUCCAAGGGCCAGCAUGGGGAGGAGAUGGUCGCAGGCCAAAUGCACUUUAUACAGAGAUUUUCUAUUGCUGGGAAGGUGUGUUUCUCCCAGUUUGUUUGUGAAUAUUCAUGUGUUUCAUAAAUGUCUGAUCCUGUCUGAG